AUGGUCCAAUUAUUCAAGUGCAUUAAAGCUAAAAACGCUUUCUUUUCCUUCCUUCCUUCCUUUUUUAUUAAUCUUCUCUGUCUCUUACCCUCAUAUUUUCCCCUGUUUGUUGAUAACGAAAAGAAUUUGAUAAAAAUGCUUUCUCUUUUUUCUUUCCUUUAUCCUUUCUUUCUUGUAGAAUUCCUCCUGAUUCUUCUGUACGUCAUUUUAAACGAGGCAAAGAAAACGUUUUAUUUUUUAAAUAUCUAUUUGUUCCUCUUCCUCUCUCUCCCUCUCUCUCUCUCUCUCUCUCUAUCUGAUCUGUCUAUCUAUCUAUCUUUCCAUCUCUCUCAUUUUCACUCUCUCUUUCUCUUUAAUAUUCUCAGUUUCUUUCUCUCUCUCUCUCUAUCUCUCUCUCUCUCUUUCAGCCAAUCAAUAAUUCAGUACGAGUUACGCGACCCUUACUUACAUGUCUUUCUUUUCUUGUGUUAUUACACUUGUUUUUCUCUCACUCUCUCACUCUCUUUCUUUCUUUCUUUCUUUCUUUCUCUGUUUAUCCUUUAUCAAAUUUUUUUGUUUUCUGAUCAUUUAUUUCUUCCAUUCAUUCUUAGGUCCAACUUUUUUCGCACAUCUACUGUGCUUUCUUCUUAUUUUCCUACAAAUUUCUUGUUUGUUUCUACGUCUCUCUCUCUUUCUAUCACUUCCUAUCUCUCUCACUUUCUUUCACUCUUUUUCUCUUUCUUUCUCUUUCCUUCUCAAACUCGCUUUUACUCUCUUUCUCUCAAUCUCUUUCUAUCCAUCACUUUCUAUCUUCCUUCUCGCUUGUUUAUUCUUUCUUUCAAAUAUUUUUCUGCAUUAGUUACUCCUUUUUUUUUCAUUUUCUUUUCCGUUCUUCGUUUUAUGCUUUCUUCUUUAUCUUUCUAUAUAUUUUUCUCUCCACCUCUCGCUUCUAUUUCUCUUUUUCUCCCUCUUAUUCUAAAUUUCUCUUUCUUUCACAUUCUUUCCUCUGUCUUGAUUAUUCUUUCUUUCAAAUAUUUUUCUGCAUUAAUUACUCCUUUUUUUUUUUUCUUUUCCAUUCUUCGUUUUAUGCUCUUUCUUCUUUAUGAUCCUCGUUUAUAUUAUUAUUUUCUCUUAUUUCUUCUUCUUUACUCUAUUACGCAUUCAUCUACAAAUAUCCGAUCAAUUUUUGUUGCCUUUCUUUAG